UUGUUUCUAUACAAUUUUUCUACAUGUUUUUUUUAUUAGAUAUAAUAUUCUGCAUUUGUUUUUCUUUAAUGUUGAUAUUAUGUAGGUAAAUGCAAUUUAGACGUGAAUAAUAAUAUUAAUUACAAUAAUUGUAUGUUAAAGUGUUUAUGCUGUAAAACUUUGUCUACAUUAGACGUUCAGGGUUUUCCAGAUGUGAUAACCAACAUUUUUUUGGAAGUGAUUUUUUUGUUUUUGUUCGAACAAAUAGCCGUUUUGUUGAUUUUCGAUUAUUCAUCGAAAACGGUCGUUCAAUUAGAAAACGCCGUAAUUAGUUACUUUUUUUAUUAUUAUUUUUAAUUUACCCAGACCUGUGAUACGUUUCGACCAUGUACUGGAAAAAUAAUCCAGCAUCUAAUUGGGAUUCAAUAUUCGAUAGAGAGGAUGUGUGCCUCAACGAUCUCAUGAGAGAACAAAAUCUCUUGGAAGAACUCAAGGGUCAAAACAAGAAACUGAUUGAUUUCUUAACUAAGCCAGAUAUCGCGUUGGAGUUGGUUCGUCUGGUAACUCAAGAGCCUACCGAUAACACCAAACCAGAAACUCGGUUUGUUUUGCCAAAUUUGGCGUGUGAAAUACUAACUAGUGAUAUUCAGCCAAUGUAUAAUGUACUCUCACACGAAGAAGACAUUUGGAAAUGUUUCUUCAGUUUUUUAGAAGACAAUGAACCUCCUCUUAACCCUUUGAUGGCAUCAUAUUUCAGUCGAACAAUAUGUAGCCUAAUUCUAAAAACUGGUAGUCAAGAUUGGUAUACAUAUCAAUUUAAUUGUUUGAAAGCUCUUGAAAAAGUGUCUGAUAAAGGAGACUUUAUAAAUUUAUUACUAAAACAUCUCGACACAUCUGCCAUCAUGGAUCUCAUCAUAAAGAUAUCAACACUUUUGGAAGGACCUCCACUGCGGAGUAACAUUUUUACUUUAUUUGAAAAAGAGCAGCUAGUAUUAAAAUUAGUGGAUACAUUAGAUACUACCAGCGUUCCGGUAAGGCAGUUAAAUGCUGCAGAAAUAAUUUGUGCUAUUGAAGUCGCGUCAGAACUGCAUCCAUUGGAACUAAAUCCACUUGUCGCAUCAAUUGAAUCGCCAGAGACUGUAAACAGGUUGUUGGUCAAGAUGUUUGGCCAGCCCGAGAAGACUGAGAGUACAUUAUUGGGCGGUAUCUCAAUAUUGCAAACAUUGUUGAUGGCUACAAAAUUUAAGGGUGACGAUUCCAAUGAGGUUUAUACUAAAAAACAAUCGAUGGCUGAAAUUUUAUGCAUCACAAUUUUACCAUUUUUAGAACAUAUUCACAACGUAUUACUGGUUCCCCCUAAGAUAGAGAGUCUGGAUUGUAUGGGUGAUGUAAUUAAAAGUCCGUUCGGUAAUGUUCGAUUGCAAAUCGUCAAACUGAUAAGUUCACUGUUAAGUAUGCAUAAUCAACAAAUUAACGAACGAUUUGCUCAACUCAACACCAUUAAAAUACUUCUAGAUUGUUUCUUUAAUUAUGAUUUAAAUAAUUUUCUCCACACACAAGUGGUGCAAUGCUUCCAUGAAAUCAUGUGUUGUAAUCAUUCGGUUGCAGAAAACAGCACAUUUAUUGCUCACGUUAUUAAAGAUUGUAAACUAAUUGAAUCCAUACUUGAUAAUGAAGAAUGUAUUAAGCCAGGAAAAAAGAGAAAGGGCUACAUUGGUCAUUUAGCAGCAAUCGCUAAAAGCUUGCACAACACUGAAGCAUUUUACUCGGACCAUUUUAGAGGUAUAAUUGUAAAUACAUUAGAUUCGUCUAUUGUUGAAAGAUGGGAUUUGUUUACAUCCACAACUUUAGAAGAAAAUGAUGAGCGAAUUUCAUCAUGUUUGGGCGGGCUACAUCCGAGGGAUGAAAUAGCGAUAAUGAAUGUAAGAAAGGACGAGGACGAAGCAAUAUAUGGACGACCGGAAAUUGAAUUUAAUAGUAAUGACAAUCAACUAGGCGUUUCCAGAGUAGAUAUUAAUUUUGAUGAUGACGAUGAAGACGAUGAUGACGACAAAAAUUCAAUGGAAAUGUUUGAUCGCAUGUGUUCCGUACGAUCGUCUGAAAUGACUCUCGACGAUACAGGUUUUAAAGGUGCGAUAAUUUCUAGUGAUUUCAAUGUUGAUGAUAACGAAAUGUGGAAGGAUGAAGAAGAAGACGAAUCAAAUAAAACAGACUUCCCUUCAGAUAUCUUCAAGUCAGCUGGUUUACACUCUACGGCAAAUGAUUUGUAUUGGUCACCAGAAACAACUGAUUGGGAGACAUUUAGUGCUAAAAUGAAUUCAAAAUUACACGCAACGAGUGAAAUGAAAUCAAAAGAUAACACAAUAAGCAACUGUGCUUGUCCUUGGGGAGAAAACGCCACAGAGCAAAGUCCAAAAUUAGAAACAGGGUGGGCUAAUUUCGAUUCUAGUUUUGGUGAACCUAUAGUGCUCAACGGAGAAUCGGGAAUAGAUCAAGAAUUGUUUACUCAUUUGACCGACGACUAUGUCCAAGAUAUUAUAACUUCUCCAAUCAAACCUGCCGAAGAAAACCAAACUUUGUCUCCAGUAAACAAUUCAUCACAUUCUCAAAUCGAACAACAGAAUAUUGUCUCCAAUAAUGGUGAGAUUGUAGAAAAUCCAUUAUCGCCUAAAGAAUUGGUUUCUCCUUUGAAAGAAGAUGCUACUAAUCCGUUAAGUAGUAGUAACGAUUUAUUGUCGGAAGUGUUGGUAACAUCGCCAACUAAUACCACAUCUGAUAUUCCUUUAAUUACCGACAAACCUAGUUUGAAGUCUGUUGAUAGAUAAAAGAUUUAGUGAUAAUAUUUAUUUAUACUAUUUUAUAUAUAGCUAUAAAAUUAUUCAAUAAUUAUGUGGCAUUACUAUACUUUGAAAUAUAUUUUUUUUUAACAGCAAAGUGAAAAAGUAAAUACAAUUUUAAAUUUUAAAAAAAUAUAAUAAUACGAUUUUAACAUUUUAAUUAUUUAUCAUAUAUAUUAUGAUUAAACAUUUUCAUGUUUUGUUUUGUUUUGGUUUUUUUUAAAGGUCCGUCCGUUUUAUAUUUAACCGUUUUGUUUUUUUAUGUACAUCCUCAACAUUACAAAUUAUAAUUGAAUGAAAUUUUAUAUAUAUUUAUUAUAUAAACAAAAAGACAAUUUGUGUUACCUUCGUUAUUAUUUUAACUACUGUGUUAAAUUAGGUAAAUUAAUUAGUGUAUGAAUUACAGGGAUUGUAAAAAAAAAUAUUAUUUUAAGAGAUAUUUUUGUUAAGUUGUAAUAAUAUAACUAAAGUAGAAGUUUCAAAAAAAAAUUAUUAAUGCUUUUAUUAUCUUGAAAAAGUAUUUGAUUGAAUUGUAACUUUUAUUUAUACCCACCUUAUUAUUUUUUAUUUGUAUGUUCAACUUCUUCAAGUAUAAAUAUUUACUUAUUAUUAAUUUAUCAUGUUAAAAAUGAUUAUAUAUUUAUGUAUUUUUUUUCUCUCGAUCUUCUGUUAUUAAGUGCAUGUUUUCGAAUUAUUGCAUUGUUUUUGUGUUAUAUGAUUUUAAUUAUUAUUGUACAUGGUGAAUUCGUUUUAUUUGUAUUAUUUGCACAUUAUUCAGUUUAAACCUUAAAAAAGAUCGUACAAAAUACAAAUAUACUGUGAUAUGGGUAUCCAUGUUUGUGAAAUAAAA